AUGACGCACAUUGCCGUACUUGCACUUCUUUUCAGCAUUUUUUCCACCACGGUCACCUCCGACCUCUACGACACCAUUCUCAACUCCCACCACACCACUGCCAUCUCCGACAUAUCCAAUGACACCACUGUCUUCAACGACAACACUAUCCUCGUCUCGGACGUCAACCACUGGACACUGAUCCCGGCCGAUAAGGCCCAAUUGAACAAUUGGUUUCAGACCAAUGUGAAACCGUUCAUGGACCGGAAGGGCAUUUUGGACCCUGCCCUUGUCACGGCCGAGUCUAGUCCUAAAGUGAUCACGGUGAGGAAAGACGGACGUGGCAAUUUCAAGACGGUGAGUGAUGCAAUUAACAGCAUCCCAUCUCAGAACACUCAACGAGUCAUCGUGUCGAUUGGGCCAGGAAUCUAUACCGAGAAAAUCAAGAUUGAUCAAACCAAACCGUUUGUCACGUUGUACGGUGACCCAAAUCAUAUGCCAACUUUGGUUUAUGGGGAUACAGCAAACAUGACAGGAAGUACUAUGAACAGUGCUUCAAUGACCAUUGAAGCUAAUUACUUCAGUGCUGUUAAUCUUAUUAUUACGAAUUCAGCACCAAGACCGGACCCAAGAAGUUAUAAUGAGCAGGCGGUGGCAUUGUUAGUCGUCGGUGACAAGGCAGCAUUUUAUAACUGCAGAGUCUAUGGAUUUCAAGACACCAUUUGUGAUGACCAGGGCAGACAUUUCUUCAAAGACUGUUACGUUGAAGGCACUGUUGAUUUCGUCUUUGGCUUUUCGAAAUCUCUAUAUUUGAACACUGAGUUACAUGUGAUACCGGGCGACAAUGAGGCCUUUAUCACGGCACAAGCAAGACUUAACAGUCGUGAUAAUUCCGGCUUCUCAUUUGUUCACUGCAUGGUAACUGGUACAGGCAAAAUCGCUGUGUUAGGCAGAGCUUGGUUGCCUUUCUCUAAGGUGGUAUAUGCGUACACUGAAAUGAGUGAUGUGGUCAAUCCUUAUGGAUGGUCAGAUAACUUCCACCGUGAACGUGACAGGAGAGUAUUUUAUGGGGAAUAUAAGAACACAGGUCCAGGAUCAGUUUCCGGUGGCAGAGUAAAGUUCUCGAAGGAGCUAACUGACAGAGAAGCUUUACCCUAUAUCAUUCUUGCCUUUAUAGAGGGUUCCAAGUGGUUGCUUCCUCCAUGGCAUUAA